AUGUUCCUCGCCGCCCACCACCAGCCGCCGCCGCCCGGCCUCCUCCACAUUCUCAUGUCCGCCGAGAAGUGCCAGGCGGGGGCGGGCCCGGCGGCGGCGCUCGCGCUGUCCCCCACGUGGGAGGUGCUGCAGGAGACGACGGCACGGCUGCUGUUUAUGGCGGUGCGGUGGGUCCGCUGCCUCGCACCCUUCCAGACGCUCUCCAAGAGGGACCAGCUGCUGCUGCUGCAGGAGUCGUGGAAGGAGCUGUUCCUGCUGCACCUGGCGCAGUGGUCUAUCCCGUGGGACCUGUCGGCGCUCUUCGGCUGCUCCAAGGCGCGCGACCGCCUGCCACAGGACGACGCCGCCACCAACAUCGAGAUCAAGACCAUCCAGGAGAUCAUGGGCAGGUUCCGGCAGCUGUCGCCAGAUGGCAGCGAGUGCGGCUGCAUGAAGGCCGUCGUACUCUUCACGCCAGAAACGGCGGGCCUGUGCGACGUGCAGCCGGUGGAGAUGCUGCAGGACCAGGCGCAGUGCAUCCUGGGCGACUACGUGCGCAGCCGCUACCCUCGGCAGCCGACGCGCUUCGGCCGGCUGCUGCUGCUGCUGCCCAGCCUGCGGGCCGUGCGCCAGUCCACGGUCGAGCGGCUCUUCUUCAAGGACACCAUCGGCGACAUCCCCAUCCAGCGCCUGCUCGGCGACAUGUACCACAUGGACAAGUACACCUAG